AUGAAAGACUAUCGGCUUUCCGAAGAAAGAAAAAUGAAUGAUUAUCAGCUUUCCCCAGGAAGGAAACUGAAAACCUCGGAUUCAGGGCUGAAGUACAACAAUAGAAAAGAGGACAUGAACGGCCUGGAGGAGGGGGUGGAGUUCCUCCCCACCAUGAAUGCCAAGAAGGUGGAGAAGCGCGGCCCGAAGCGAUGGGUGGUGGUGACUACUGUGCUGCUCGUCUUCCUGCUCGUCUCCCUCAUUGUCGGCCUCCUGGUGUGGCACUUCAAAUACCGGAGAGCCCCUGUCCAGAAGGUUUACAAUGGCCACCUAGUGAUUGUGAAUAUGAACUUCAUUGACGCCUAUGAGAACUCCAACUCCACCGAGUUUGCCAUGCUCUCCAAGAAGGUGCAGCACACGAUCGAGGAGAUCUAUAAAAAUAACCGAGACAUUGGCCCUUAUCACAAGAAGACAGUAAUAACUGCAUUCAGUGAAGGCAGCGUGGUUGCCUAUUACUGGUCGGAGUUCAUCGUCCCGGCAUACAGGGCCGAGGCGCUCGACAAGGCCAUGGCUGACAAGCAGAGUCUGAUCCAAACGGUGGAGUACAAGUCACGGAACCCCGUGCUGCAAGUCAAGUCGAUCGUUGCUUUCCCUGCUGAUUCCAGUAUAAUGCAGUCACCAGGAGACAAUAGCUGCAAUUUUGCCCUACACGCCAAGGAAGGCGAAAUCACCAGCUUCACUACCCCGGGCUUUCCCAACAGCCCGUACCCGAACAAUGCUCGGUGCACGUGGGUCCUGAGGGCCGACGCUGACUCCGUCAUCAGCCUGACCUUCAAGACCUUCGACGUGGAGCCCUGCCACGAAGGGAGUGACUUCAUCAGGGUCUACAACUCCCUGAGCCCCGUGGAACCCCACACCCUUGUGAUGCUGUGCGGCAGUUACCCUCCGUCCUACAACCUGACCUUCCUGUCCUCCCAGAAUGUCAUGCUGGUCAUGCUGAUCACCAACGCUGAGGGGCGGAACCCUGGCUUCAAGGCGGAGUUCUUCCAGCUCCCGAAGCCUACAACCUGCAGCAAGACUUUGACAGGAGAAAGUGGAAACUUCACCACCCCUUACUACCCAGCCCACUAUCCACCCAACAUGGAUUGUGUCUGGAACAUAGAGGUCCCCCCUACAAAGAACGUGAAGGUGCGUUUCAACCUGUUCUACGUAUUGGAACCUGGCGUCCCGGUCGGUUCCUGCACCAAGGAUUAUGUGGAGAUCAGCAAUACAAAGUACUGUGGAGAGCGCUCCCAGUUUGUGGUGGCAAGUAACAGCAACAAAAUCACGGUCCGGUUCCAUUCAGACCAGUCGUACGCAGACACUGGCUUCUCGGCAGAGUUCCUGUCUUACGAUUCCAGUGACCCCUGUCCUGGCAAGUUCACCUGCAACACUGGCCGCUGCAUUGAUAAAGUCAUGCGCUGCGACGGCUGGAUGGACUGCACGGAUUCCAGCGACGAGCGCUCCUGCAAUUGCACCAAGGAGCAGUUCAGGUGUGAUAACGGCUGGUGCAAGCCACGCUUCUGGCUCUGCGACGGUGUGAAUGAUUGUGGGGACAACAGUGAUGAGCUGCAAUGCAAAUGCCCAGAUAAGAACUUCAAGUGCCGCAACGGGAAAUGCAUCCCUGAAAACCAGAAAUGUGAUGGCAAGGAUGACUGCGGGGACGGGAGCGACGAGGGCACCUGCAGCAAAGUGGAGUCCAUCUCCUGCACGGAUUACACCUACAAGUGCCGCAGCAGCGGGUGCGUGAGCAAGACCAACCCUGAGUGCGAUGGGACGAAGGACUGUGCUGAUAACUCAGACGAGGAGCACUGUGACUGUGGGAUCCGCUCUUACAGCAAGAAGACCCGGAUCGUCGGCGGGCAGAACUCAGAAGUGGGCGAGUGGCCGUGGCAGGUCAGCCUGCACGUGAAAGGCCAGGGGCACAUCUGUGGGGCCUCGCUGAUAUCGGACAAGUGGCUGGUGUCCGCAGCACACUGUUUCCGAGAAGAGGGGCAAAUCAGGUACUCGGACCCCAAGCUGUGGACGGCCUUUCUAGGGCUUCACGACCAGAGCGACCGUAAUAACAAGAUGGUGCAAGAGCGGAGCAUCAAGAGCAUCAUCUCCAACUCCCAAUUCAACGACUUCACCUACGACUACGACAUCGCUGUGCUGGAGCUGCAGAGUCCUGUCACCUUCACCACCUCUGUCCAGCCCGUCUGCCUGCCCGAUGCCACCCAUGACUUCCCUUCUGGCAAGGAAAUCUGGGUGACCGGAUGGGGGGCCACCGCGGAAGGAGGUGUUGGUGCCACCAUCCUGCAGAAGGCGUCGAUUCGGGUGAUUAACCAGACCAUUUGCAACACACUGCUGACCAACCAGAUAACAUCGCGUAUGAUGUGUGUGGGGUUCCUGACGGGGGGUAUCGAUGCCUGCCAGGGGGACUCAGGCGGGCCGUUGGUUAGCGUGGAGAACAGCAACAGGCUGUUUCUGGCCGGCGUGGUCAGCUGGGGAGACGGCUGCGCCCAGCGGAACAAGCCAGGAGUCUACACUCGGGUCUCCAAGCUGCGGGACUGGAUCAAGCAGCACACGGGGAUCUAG